GAAAAACCUCCUGCAAAAUUCUCUAUUUCAUUUUCCGAUCAAUUUUUGCGGUGUUUGGACGUUUCUUGGAAUAUAUAUUUUUUUUAAUAAGUUAAAUAGGCAAUUGUUGAGUGAAGUUGUUUUUGAAGUCGAGAAAACAAAAUCAACAAUGAUUGACGAACGUGCCAAAUUUAUAAAUUCCCUAUAUCUGAAAAAUCUUAUUGAGGGUAAUUUUCCAGAGAAUGAGGUGAAAAUCAAAGCAUAUUCCGUGGAACAAUCAAGUGAAGUGAUUGCUAAUGAAGGGAGUUUCUUCAUGAAGAGAGUUCUUAUCAAAUAUGCAUCCCGAACCACUCGUGAUGGUUCCCUAUCGUUCAUUGUGAAAAUCAAUGGGAAUCCACAGGGACGAAAUCCCAAAGAUAGGGAUGUAUAUGAAGGAAAAAUCCCAUCGAUUACCAAUCUUCUUGUUAAAUGUGCCGGAAAUAUUAAAUUCGUUCCAGAGUUGAUUUCCAUCACUCAAGAACCCAGGGAAGUAUUUGUAUUUGAGGAUAUCACAGCCAAUGGCUAUCAUGCUGAAUACAUUAAAACAGGCUUAAAUUUGGAUCAGAGUAAGAUGUCCCUGCAAAAAUUGGCAUUUUUCCAUGCAGCUUCGGCUGUUGCAAUUGCCAAUGAUGGGGACACAUUCAAAGAGUAUGCAAGUGGUGUGUUAACACGCGAAAAUGCCCAAUUUUAUCAAGAUAUUCUCAAGAAGAUUACCCACCCAUCGAAUCCACUCCAGAUCGACGGGAUGAUAUUUGAUAAAUUGAAAACACUAAGUACAAAAAUUGUUACGAAAGGCAUUGAUGACUACAGAAGAAUCACCCCAUUUCGGGUUCUCAAUCAUGGAGAUUUCUGGACACGAAAUAUCUUUUUCAAGUACGAGAACAACAAUCUAGUUGAUGCUCUCUUUGUUGGAUUUCAGAGUGCAGUAGUUGGAUCACCAUUAAUUGAUUUACUCUAUUUCCUCAAUACUUCAGUGGAAUACAAGACACUGAUAGAGUCACGCGAUCAAUUGAUUUACACUUAUCAUGAGACACUCAAGUUUGUCCUCGAAAAACUGAAUUACAAGGGACCCAUUCCUACGCUCAAUGAGAUCCAGAUUGACAUCCUAAAGAAUUGCGCCCUUGAAUUGUGCUACCUCCUGGCUAUUGCACCAAUUCUCCGUUCAAACACAAACAUUGUCCUUCCCCGUGAUCAACAAGAAAAUGGUGUAGCUGCAGUUUCGGACAAGGAAAUCGUGGAAAUUUUCAAAGAUAUCAAGACAGACGUCUCCACCAUUCUCUACACCUUCAAUGACAACGGACGCCUGGAUUGGGCCUUCUCCGAGGGCAAGAUUAAGGGUCUAAUUGGAAAAUUUCAAAAUUAAUCCAUCCCUCGACUUAUCCCCAACAUUCCUCCCUCUAUCGUGAGAGAGAUCAUCAAUACUUAUGUGACAGAGAUAUGUAACAGAAAUACAAUUGUGGUGUGGCCAAUUUUUAUCUUAUCA